CACACACCCCUCCAACCUGAAAAUCAUCUCCUUUGGUUUUGACGGCUUGCACUCUCCCCGCGAAGUCGAGGGUUUUCUAAGUCGCGUUCGUUGUGAUGGAAAGCAGAGAGGAGAUGGUGAUGCUGGCGGAGGGAGGUCAGCUUGGCAAGAGCGGCUCGAAUUUGUCGGAAGCCGUCGGGAACCCCGCGCGAGAACCGCAGGGGAAGCCGAGCCACAGGGGCUGCCUGAGCCCCGGCGCUGCGCCUUACUCCCGGGACAGGGGCGAGCUGGCGACGGAGGAGAGUGCACGGAGGAAUAUGUGUGCCGACAUGAGGCCGGUUGGCACGUCCUCCUCCGGAGAGAGGCACCGGACUGAUCACCACCACAAAGACGGCAGCAGCUCAGACACCGAGUCGGACUUCUACGAGGAAAUUGAUGUCAGCUGCACCCCUGAAAGCAUGGACUACCCGACAGCCAAAGGUAGAAAUGGAGAUUCUCCGGGUCACCCGAGUGAUACCGGUGCUGACCCGGGUAAAACCGUCCCGGGUCAGGGCUCUCUGUCCUACGCAGCGGACCAGAUUCGCCGGUACCGGACGGCGUUCACCCGGGAGCAGAUAGCACGGCUGGAGAAGGAAUUUUACCGGGAGAACUACGUGUCCAGGCCGCGGAGAUGCGAACUGGCGGCCGCCUUAAAUCUACCUGAAACCACCAUCAAGGUGUGGUUUCAGAACCGCAGGAUGAAAGACAAGCGCCAGCGCCUGGCCAUGACGUGGCCUCACCCCGCCGACCCGGCCUUCUACACCUACAUGAUGAGCCACGCGGCGGCCACGGGGAACCUGCCCUACCCCUUCCCGUCCCACCUGCCGCUACCUUACUACUCCCACCUGGGUGUCGGAGCCGGCUCGGCUCCGGCGGCGGCCGCUACCCCUUUCUCCAACCCACUGCGCUCCCUCGACAGUUUCCGGAUGCUGUCCCACCCAUACCAGAGGCCCGAGCUCCUGUGCGCCUUCAGGCACCCGUCCCUGUACCCGGGUCCGACCCACGGCCUCGGUCCCGGGGGAAGCCCUUGCUCCUGCCUGGCCUGUCACUCCAGUCAAACCAACGGUAUCUCAACCAGGCCCUCCGGCUCGGACUUCGCUUGCUCCCCAACUAGCAGGACUGACGCUUUUGUCACUUUCACGCCUUCAGUGCUCAGCAAAUCCUCAUCUGUGACAUUAGACCAGAGGGAAGAAGUGCCUCUGACCAGAUAAAACCAAAACAAAACAACUCUUGUUCUUAUAUAAGCCUUUACCAUAAGCUUUUUAAACCUAACAUAUUAUAUGAUCAGGACUGAAACAGCAUGAAGAGGUAGCCUGAGAGCAGUGAAAGCCAGCUUAAACUUGGGUACAAGAUAAUUAGCCAGAUCUUCAGCUAUGUGACGCACAACAGAUCUUCCAUUAUUGAAAAAAAAAUAAUAAUAAUCCCAUCGCAGAUGCAGGACAGUGGGCUGAAAUAUGACGGCAUGGACACAAAAACAGAUUUGAUUUUUAGAAGAUUAAUUUGAUGUGAGACAUGGGAAACGUUUAAAUCUUCCGUGAUGGAUGGCGUUACAGGUUUUUAUCAUUACUUGUCUCUUUACGCGUCCAAAUCGACAUCCGUGUAUUGUUAGUUACGCGAGAAUGAUGCUUUCCAUCUCUCUUUUUUAACAAGGGGAUUUGUUAACAGGCUGCGGCCGUCUCAUUAUAACCAAGCUCUCCACACCGGGGCCCUCCAUGGCGGCCCGGACCGAAAUGUGCAGAUGCUAGUCAAAAAAAAAAAAAUUAGUAAGUGAUGUAUAUGUACGACCCGGUGAAUUUUGAGUGUUAAAUUAAUGAUAAUACCAGGAAGGGGAUCGUUGCUGCCAAAAGGUAACAAGGCGCCAGGGGAACGGAUUACCACCACUACUACUAC